AUGAAGUUCACUCUGGUCUCCUCCGUCCUCUUCCUGGCCACUGCUGCCAUGGCCUCCCCAGAAGGCAUUGAUGUGAACUCCAUCGUCUCCGACGUCGAAGGCGUCUACUCCACUGCCGUCGGCGGCGGCCAAUCUAUCGGAUCCGAGAUUGCCUCAAAGGCCACAUCUCUCGCAGAAGCCGCAAGCACCGCCGGAGCUGGUGCCCUCUCAUCUGUUAAGAGCGAGGCUUCAUCCCUCGGCUCUGCCGCUGCCUCCGAAGCCAGCUCCAUCGGCUCCGAGGUUACCAGCCGGGUUGGCACCGCUGUUUCCACCCUGACUGACGCUGCCGGCUCGGCCACCGCUACCGUGUCCACCACAUCCGCCGGAUCUCCCUCCGGCUCUGCCACCCCCUCUGACAAUGGCGCCUUCGCUCGUCCCACUGCUGUCGGCGUUGUUGCUGCUGGUAUGGCCGGUGUCCUUGGUGUCAUGGUUGCACUGUAA